UUCAACAUUUCUUUCAGUCUCUUUCCUACUCUAAACCAAACCCUAAACCCUAAUCUUCAUUCUUCAAUGGCUUCAAUCAACUUUAACCCCUUCGAAAACUGGUUCAAUAAACCCUCAAACCCUCUCUCACCCAUCAAUCUCCACUCAUUCACCCAGCCUUUCUCAUUCUUCUCCAACAAGAAACCCACCACUCCAAAUUUUGCUUCAAUUUCAUCAAACUUCUUCAAAUCAAAGUCCCCAAAACCCCAACCCGACUCGGAACCGGAAAAGCCCGGAUUCUACAAGCAAUUGAUGGAGCAAUACUUCUGGGAAUGCGAGAACCUCCCCGAUUACCGCCACACUCCAGAAGUUGAAAAAAUCCUGAGCGAAGACCCGAUUUUUGAGAAAAAGGAGAACCCGACCGAAGAAGAAAUUAAAGAAAACGAGGAGUGGUGGAAUGCGUUUCGGACCAGCCCGUUAGUCCAAUUUUUAAGCCGAGCCGAGGAGAUAAGGGAUCAUAUUAAUGAAAUGGAGCUCAAAGCGAAUGAUACUCCGUAUAGAAGAGAGGACAAGAAGCUGUGGCAAGCUCUCCCGCAUGUAAUCGGAUUGGACGGCCGGCCGAUGCCGAGAAAGGCGAUAAAAACGAGAGAAGAGAGUGAUAAUAAGUUUUGGGAUUUUAUGAAGCAGUUCUUAUUUGGACUUUGGGGUUUCAGACAACGGCCCUAUCCGCCGGGCCGGCCCGUCGAUGUUGCUCAGGCAAUUGGAUACAAGCGGCUGGAGAAGCGUUACUAUGACUUUAUAAUGAGAAGUGGAGGCUGGUACUAUAAGGAUCGGUUGGGGCGGACGAGGGGGCCGCUAGAGCUGAUAACGCUUAAGACUGCUUGGGGUGGCGGGAUUAUUGAUAAGGAUACUUUCAUAUGGGGCGAGGACAUGGAUGAAUGGGCGCCAAUUCACAUGGUUUAUGGCUUGGAAAAGGCCAUUGCUACUUGGGAAGUUAGGCUUGGUGCUGCAGCUACAGCUUUCCUUCACAAACUCCAAAAAGGUAUGGCUCCUUGGGUUCCUCUUAAGGGACGGGAAAAGAAAACCUAUAAACAGCUCCAAGAAGAAGCUUUGGAGAACCGGAGACGUGAUUUAGCAGUGCUGAAAGCUAAUGAUGGUGUUUGGCCAGGAGUUAGAAUUCCUAGUUAUGCGCUUUUUCUUUGGGCUAGUGGCUCUGAACUAACUACAAUAUUGGAAUCUGACCACAUGCCAAACAAAUUCAUUCCAAAAGAUCUCAGGAUCCAAUUGUCAAAAAUUAUCCCCGGUUUAAGGCCAUGGGAGGUUCUAAGCAUUGAGCAAGCCAUGGAUCAGAUCACAUAUAAUGGAGAGUGGUACCGUGAACCACUUGGUUGCUUCACAACAGGCCCUCCUUACAUCAAAAAUUGGAAUGAAGAUGCUAUGGAAUUGCUUCAGGCAUACCAUGAACUCAGCACCCUAGUUUAUGAAAAAUUGUGUCAGACAAUUCCUGGUUUCCGUACUGUGAUGGAGAAAGUUGAGGUUGAUGCUGAAGCAAGAGAGGCCAGAAGACAGAAGUUGAGGGAAGCAAAGAGGAAACCCUUUGGCCAGGAUGAUCCUUAGACUCACUAUAAUAUCAAAGUUUUGCAAGCUUGACCGGUAGUUGCUCAUUGCCACAACUCAAAUGCAGUCUUGCUUCCCGGCGACUUUUGCUGGGAUUACCUAUCAUCUUUCUUCUAAAACCAAUGAUGAUUUAGAUUUAGAUUUUCUUCCAGAUAUAGUGAUAAAUCUAAUCUGUAGCCGUGACCACUUCUGAAACUGAGAGCAGAAGCAUUUGUAUAUCAUAUUGAACUCUUCUCAAUGCUGAGAAAUAUAAUUUAGUAUUCAACA